GUGACCUCGGACGCCCAGGGCGAGGGGACCCCAGGAGGGACCCCGCCCGCGGCAUGUGCGAGCUGCACAGCAAGCGCGACACGCUGGCGCUCCGCGGGCGGCACAUCGGGCCCUCAUGCAAAGUUUUCUUUGCCGCGGAUCCCGUGAAAAUCGUGCGAGCCCAGAGGCAAUACAUGUUUGACGAGAAGGGCGAGCGGUACUUGGAUUGCAUCAACAACGUCGCCCACGUGGGACACUGUCACCCAGAAGUGGUCAGAGCUGCCCUGAAGCAGAUGGAGCUGCUAAAUACGAAUUCUCGCUUCCUCCACGACAACAUCGUGGAGUAUGCCAAGCGCCUUUCAGCAACCCUGCCGGAGAAACUCUCUGUUUGUUAUUUCACAAAUUCAGGGUAUGUUUGCAGCUUUCUCGCCCAUCCCCAUUUCAUUGCUGCCUUUAUUGCUGAAUCCAUGCAGAGUUGUGGCGGACAAAUAAUUCCUCCAGCAGGCUACUUCCAGAAAGUGGCAGAAUACGUGCACGGAGCAGGGGGUGUGUUUAUAGCUGAUGAAGUUCAGGUAGGCUUUGGCCGCGUUGGGAAACAUUUCUGGGGCUUCCAGAUGCAUGGCGAAGGCUUCGUUCCAGACAUCGUCACUAUGGGAAAACCAAUGGGCAACGGCCACCCCAUGGCGUGUGUGGUCACAACCAAAGAAAUUGCGGAAGCCUUCAGCAGCUCUGGGAUGGAGUAUUUCAAUACGUUCGGAGGAAAUCCGGUAUCGUGCGCUGUUGGUUUGGCUGUCCUGGAUGUAAUUGAACAUGAAGACCUUCAGGGCAACGCCGUGAAAGUAGGGAAUUAUCUUACCGAGUUACUGAAUAAGCAGAAGGCUAAACACCCUUUGAUAGGAGAUAUUAGGGGCGUUGGCCUUUUUAUCGGAAUUGACUUAGUGAAGGACCCUCAGCGACGGACCCCCGCCACCGCCGAAGCUCAGCACGUCAUCUACAAGGGAAAAUACAGAGAAGACCACGCAGACGCAGCCCGUGCGUAUGCAGAGGAAGUAAAGAAAAUUAUUGAAGAAGCUCAUAACAGUGGGAGGAAGAUUGCUGCCUUUAUUGCUGAAUCCAUGCAGAGUUGUGGCGGACAAAUAAUUCCUCCAGCAGGCUACUUCCAGAAAGUGGCAGAGUAUGUACCUGACUUGGGCAUCCUUGGUCAGACUGAGGGCACCGUGGCGGUUCCCCACGGUCAGGGUCCCAGCGCUGUGCGCCAACGGCCGUCCCUCCGCCCUGACACCCAGGGACCCCGUUCGGUGGGUGCGGGCUGGGUCCGGAGCACCCCGAUACCAAAAAGGUUUUUUUCAAAGAUAUUUAUGUUAUUCUGUCUUCUCCAUUAUAUCUUCCUUGAUUUAGUUCUAGAAGAAGCCCUGGGAGCCAAAACUGCAAGUGUGAUUUCUGAGAAUACUCCAUGCAAAACAGAGGUGCCGAAGGAAGCACACCUGGAAUUGCUCAGUGGCGACGCUGACUCCAGAGAAAGUUCCAGCAGGAAGAGAAACGGUGCGUGCACAGACAAACAUGCCCUGCUCAGCAAGAGGCUCAAGACGUGAACGAUUAGCAGUUUAGAGCAAGAUACACGUCCAGAGUCACAGAGAGUGAGCGGAUGUGUCUCGUCCGUUAGCUCCAUUGUGCUCUAAAGCCGGAACUGUCACUCAGCUUAGAUUUGUAGACAAAAAGGUAAAUUAAUAACAAGAAUAAACCAAGUGGUAACCAAACCACGUCAGGAUUAUUAGUUCGGCCUCUGGCCUAUUAAUUUCUUACUUGAGAUUUCUGAACGUACUUAAUUAUUCUACUAAAUGUAAACUUGCAAAUUCAAAAUUAAGUCGGUAGUUUUGCUUCUCAUGUUCUAGUGUUUGAAAUCCAAGAGCGCAGUGCACUACCGCAGCACGGAGGGAAAAAGAAAAGAAAAAAGAAAUUAGAGAGCAAAGUAUAAUAGGGCCCUUCGCUUUGGAGAUUUAGUGCCUUAAAUGUGAAUCCUAUAAUGAUUUCAUAUAUAAAAGUGUAUUUAUUGACUGUAAUAAAACAAAAGAUGAUGUA